CCACUGUCAAAUUGAAACAACUCAACUGCACCACACUCAAAUUUAAACAGCACAGCUGUGUCAUACUCAAAUUUAAGCAGCACAACUGACACACUCAAAUUUAAACAACACAACUGCACCACCCUGUCAAAUUAAACGCCACAGCUGCGCCACAAACAGUAUGCCCACUUUGGAAAACACCCCUGUGCCGUUACAGUUGCCGUCGGCGCCAUCACCGCUGUGGAAUACUUCAGUUGCGGUUUGGCUGUGGCACACAGCUAAUUAUACAGUACCUGUCUCGGCAAACAGAGAGGAAAGGGAGAAUAUGCAUGGCGGGAUUUAUUGGCCUAAAAAGAAUGCACCUGAACCUGCUCAGACAGGCAGAUCCACUGCUGCUCCAGGAACAGUGAGCCACCUGGGAUUGUGUUCUCACGCUUCAAACAAAUUUACCAGUUUGCCUUUCUGUUCCUGCUGAUGGAUGCCCUGGGCGUGUGGUCCUGCGACGUUUUGGACCAAACGAGCUCCUUGUGUUGUGGUAGGACUACAGUAGCUUCAUUUGCCAAGCUCAACACACACACGCACGUCUUAGUAUGGGCUACGGGAAUUACAUUCGUAUUGAUAUAUAAAUCCUAAAUGGAUUAAAUCUUAAAUCCACACGCAGUGCAGUGAGCCAGAAUGCCUGGGGUGAUCCUGAGAUGGGCGUGGCUGGCGGAAAAUGGGCGUGGUGAUUGGUGAUCCUGAGAAGGGCAGGGUUUGGUGGAUGUGGGACGUCCUGUAUAAGUACAGACCUGAUCGAUCUCCUCCCUUCACCCCAGCAUGGCACUCAGCAUCCAAGCAUUGCUCCUGGCCUUGUCCCUGCUCCUCUGGGUCUUCACACUCACCUGUGAAGGAGCCAUGCCAAAAUGCUGCCUCUACACGGAUAGAUCCAUCACGCCAAGGUUACUGCGGAGAGCGGAGAAGAUCGAGGUUCAGAGCAGUGGCGGGUUUUGCGACAUCAACGCUCUAAUAAUACACGUGAAAGGAAAGAAGUUCUGUGCGCACCUGCCAAAGAAGGAAAUCCUGACGAAAAUUCUGAAACGCAGGAGUGGCAAAAAGAGGAUGAAGUCUCGUUUGGGCAUUUAAAAACAGGAAGCAGGCCAGCCACGAGUUGUGGAGGCCACACAACACACCUAUGUACCGAAACUGCGCCAGUUGCUUUCUCUGAACUUCCUGCUAUCCCACUGACGGCUGGAAUCCUGAUGAUUGUCACUAUUUUCUUCUUUUUGCAAUUUUUUUUUCUCCAAAAUUCUAAGCCAGCGUUCUAGAACUCUAUCGCUUUCAGUUACCAGUAGCGAUUGUUACAUCAGCAUUAGAAUGUUCAGUUAAGAAUAUGCAUCUUAAACCUAUGCAGUGUGUGUGCAGUAUAAAGCCCUUUAUUUGGCUAGGCAUAUAUAGUAUGGACCAAAAGUCUGAGGACCCCACCAAGAACUGAUUGUUUUCAUUAUAUAUCAAAGGCCGAUAUAAUUGUUAGACAUUAUGUUUUAAUAUUGUAAGUCAAAAAAAGCAUGUAGGUAUUCAUUGAAGGGAAAAGUGUCCUCCUUUCAUCUUGAUUACUGCCUUCACUCUGCUAGGCAUUGAUUCUGCCAUCUUAUGUGAUACCUCAGCUUCCAUUUCAUUCCUGCACUGUCUCAACUCCUCCCAUAGAUGAUCUGUUAUGUUACUGCUGAUGCCUUUUCCCUCUUCAGCUGCUCCCACAGAUGCUCGACUGGGUUCAGGUCUGGUGACUGUGGUGGGAAUGCCAUCCUAAUAAGCUCACCCUGUUCUCAGUAAUGUACUCUUCAAUAAAAAGUGUAACUGAAUUAUCAUAAUUGCAUUAUUCUUUGACAAAUAAUGAAAACAACCAGGACUUGGUAGUAUCCUCAGGCUUUUGGUCCUCACUGUAUAUAGUUUUAGGUACUGGGAAAUAAGUUUGUAGACUGCACUACAAAAUUAAUUACAUAUAAAUAUAUUUUACAGUUUUGCUUAAUGGUGUAAGACUCUUACGUAUUAAAACAAGACAAUCUCA